UUUUAACGGGUGUUGGCGUUGAUGACAUGCUUAUCAUGAUUUCUGCCUGACAGAAGACCAACAUCAUGGACAGCGUACAAAAGUGAAUGUCUGACGUCUACUCCCACGUGGCGGUGUCCAUCACCAUCACCACUCUCACAAAUGCCCUGGCCAUCUUUACAGGGGUAAUGACCUCCUUUAAGUCCGUGCAGUACUUUUGCAUUUACACGGGAACAACCUUGCUCUUCUGUUAUUUUUAUAACAUCACACGUUUUGGUGCCUUUAUGGCCCUAGAUGGUAGGAGAGAAUUGGCCUGUCUGUGCAGGCUGCAAAAGUCAGAGGGUAACCCAGACCAAAAUUCUUCCUCACUGAUAAGAUGCUGCUGCUUCCCAUUUAGUUCUCUUCGAACUGAUGAAGAAUCAAGCAUCCAUCCAAUGAACUUGUUCUUUAGAGAUUAUUUUGGCCCCUUUCUCACAAACACUAAGUCCAAGUUUGUGAUAGUGGUUUUAUACCUUCAGUACAUCGCAUUCAGUAUGCAUGGCUGUUUCCAAGUGCAGGAAGGUUUAGACCUUCGAUAUAUGGCAAGUAGCAAUUCUUAUAUCACACCCUAUUUUAACAUCCAUGAAGAGCAUUUUUCAGAUUAUGGUCCCAUAGUGAUGGUUAUCAUGACUGAAGCAGUUGACUACUGGGAUAAAGACGCUAGGCAAACAUUGGGCAAAUGUCUGACCACAUUUGAAAACAGUGACUACUGUCAUUCAAUAUCUAACUCAGUUUUGGUUACAAGCAUAUAUACAGUAUAUGGAAGCCAACAUCUUAGCUGUAAAUGACAGAGGUAGUUUUAUAAACAACAUUCCUUGUUUUUUAGUGCAUAUUCCAAUUUUUACAUAUGAUAUUAACAUUUCAUCAUCACAUGAGAUUACUUCUUCCUGGGCCUUCAUUCAGACCACGGGUGUUUCUUCUUCACGCAGUAAGAAGAACAUGUUAUUCCAAUUACAAAGUUUUGCCAGAAGGUGUGAGAUUCCCCUAAUGGUGUAUAACCCAGCAUUUAUCUAUUUUGAUCAAUAUUCUGCCAUCUUAGAAAACACUAUUCGAAGUGUCAUUUUUGCAUCCGUAGCUAUGUUCAUUGUUUCUUUAUUGUUAACUCCCCACCCAUUGUAA